ACUGUUAUUUUUGUCUCCUUGCUUACAAGCAUCCCUGUAUUCUCUUAGUCACAGCGUAGGAGCCCUCUCCAUUACCCCAAAACAUGAAGCCUUUUCUGCCAGCCCUUUCCUCUCCCACCCCUCUAGGAAUUACACACUCUGCUUUCCUCACACUGCCUGAUUCCACCACUCUUGCUGUAUGUUUUUCCUUAGUGCAGGGUGAGGAGGAGUUGAACGCUGUCUAGUGACAUGGAAUUUGUCUGGCUCUCUCUGGAAGUUGUAUAAUAGGUAGAAAUGUAAAAGUGCUACUUGACUCCCUCACCAAGAGUGAACAGUCAUCCAAUGACCAUUCCCAGCCCAAGGAAUCCACAAACCCCAACCUUAGGAAAAUGAGUGGUGACUUCCCUUCAGCCAAUGGUGAGGCAGGUGGAGAUACUACUAAAGGUUAUACUCAGGAUCAGGUAGAUGCCGUUAAGAGGGUAAAGCAAUGUAAAGACUAUUAUGAAAUUCUGGGUGUAAGCAGAGAUGCCUCUGAUGAGGACCUGAAAAAGGCUUACCGGAAACUAGCACUGAAAUUUCAUCCUGACAAGAAUCAUGCACCUGGUGCUACGGAGGCCUUUAAAGCCAUUGGCAAUGCGUACGCAGUAUUGAGUAACCCAGAGAAGAGGAAGCAGUAUGACCAGUUCGGCGAUACGAAAGUCAGCCCCACGCGACGCGGCCACGGCCCCACAGACUUCAACCGAGGCUUUGAGGCCGACAUCUCUCCCGAGGACCUCUUCAAUAUGUUCUUUGGUGGCGGUUUUCCAUCUAGUAAUGUUCAUGUGUACAGCAAUGGCAGGAUGCGAUAUACCUACCACCAGAGGCAAGACAGGCGAGAACAUCAGGGUGAUGGUGGCCUUGGGCUGUUUGUCCAGCUGAUGCCUAUCCUCAUCCUCAUCAUUGUAUCUGCUCUCAGCCAGAUGAUGGUCUCCAGUCCACCUUACAGUCUGAGCCACAGACCGUCAGUCGGCCAUAUACACAAGAGAGCAACGGAACACUUGAAAGUAGCUUACUAUGUAGCGGAUAAUUUUGCAGAAGAAUAUACUGGCACAAACCUGAAAAACGUGGAGAGGAGUGUGGAAGACGAUUACAUUGCAAACCUCAGAAAUAACUGUUGGAAGGAAAAACAACAGAAGGAAGGAUUACUGUACCGGGCGCGUUACUUUGGAGAUUCAGAUCUAUAUCAGAGAGCACAGAAGAUGGGCACGCCAAGCUGCAGCAGACUAUCUGAGGUUCAGGCCUCCAUGCAUGGAUAGCUGUGGCAGAAGCCACCUGUAGAGGUCUAAACUCUUCAAAUGCCUGAAGACUUUGGGGGAAGUGCACUGAGCCAAGGAGACAGACUUUCUAUUUAAAGAAUCAGACCUUAAAUUAAAAUGGAAUUGGAGAAUUAGCAACGCACAACUACCCUCUCCUCUCUCUCUCUGUCUCUGUCCAGCGUUAGACUUGGACAUCUCUUAGAACACUAUAAAAGACCACUUGUCUCUCUCCUUUCCCCACCCACCCCCCCCCCGCUCCUCCACUGUCAACUGCCAUGCCUCUUUCAGGAUCCAGAAAUCCUGAGAGUAAGUGUUGAGUUUUGGGUUUGGGUGUUUCUUUUAAUUUUAUUUUAAGCCUGCAGAAAACCAGAGAGCAGAAGGAAGGAGCCUCCUGCCAUUGCACUGGUCACUUCAAAGAGAGAGAGAGAGAAAUUGGAUGAUCUGUAGGAGUAAAAAAGAAAGGAAUCAGUUUUUAAAAUCAAGAGAAAUUAUUUAGAAUUAACUUAUAUCUGUAAAUAUGUUGUACUUCUAAACUAUGCAGGGAUAGAAUUAAAUUAUUUCAUUCUUUUGCCGAACUUCAUAACCCAGAAUGUGUGGAUUUUAGCCUCUUCUCCCCCGUGUCCCCUGGUCCAGCCUUCAAAACCCUUUCCUACACAAGGCACCUAUGUCUGAUAAUACAAAAACAUGUAUUUUUUAAUGGCUUGGUUUUUCUGGAGAAAAAUGUGUGGAACUGGCCCUGCAAUUGCUACCCUCUUUUUAUAAAAGAAUAACUUAAAAAUCUGUGAGAACAUUUUCUGCACACCAAUUUUGACCCUGUUUUGGAUUUGUGGACUGAAUUGGUGGCAUCAACAGAGCCUCACCCAGCAAGGAGAGAGAAUUGUCCUAGGUGGCCUUGAGCUCAUCAGGGAUUGCUUGUGUGUUUGUGUGGAACGACUUAUUUAUUUUUAUGUUUUGCAGAUUCUGUGUGCUCUGCCUUGCAAUCAGUGUUUGUUCUGGUACCCAGAGCUUUCUGCAAGCGACAACCUUUUGGUCAUCUCCCCCACCCCCACCCCCACCCACCCCAGGCUGAUUUCCUCCAUCUUGUAGUAGUGCAAAGCUGCCUUGUCUUGGCAAACUGCUACUGCUGAUUUCAUUCCGGGAAUCUAGUGUCAGUCAAUAUGGCCCACCUAGUUGUGUUGCUGCUGCUAUAUAUCCUCCAUGUAUUUCCAUGGUGCUUGGGUAGCCCUCCCCUUGCAGUGAGGGGAAGAGCGGACAGCAGCAGCAGUGAUGAUUGGCUUGUGCCAUCUGUCAGGAGCCUCAAGAGAACAAGAGACUUUUCGUCAGAAGAAGUAUUGCUGCCAUCUCCAUGGCUUGAGCAGGUGGAAAGAGGGAGAUAGUAAUAUUCCAGUUACCUGGCUGGAUUGUCUCGUCUCUUUUUCGUUAGAAUAAUAUGUGGAUUUGAACCCAUUUUCUUAGGAAGGCCUGUCCUGCUUUUUAGAAGCCAAUACAAUGCUAUCAAAGGAACCUACAAAUGAAGUACAUCUGGCAGUCGGGCCAUGAGCCAGAAUAACAGGUUAAUUCUCAUGGUACUGAUAAAUGUCUUGUCCUGACUGAGUGUUGAAUGGCAGUUGUGAGAGAUUCAGCGUGUGCUCCCUCACCUUCCAACAGCUUCCCCAUGCCAAUGGAGGAAACCCAUCUGUGCAUGCAUUCUCUUGCUUGCAUGGAUCUGCUCCUGCCGUUGAAGUACAUAGAGGUUCUGGAUUAGGGCACAUGUUUUCUCUUAACAGAACACUAAGCUGUGUUGAAUAAGCUGAAGUAGCAUUGGUCACACCAACUGGAUUCUUCUCUACUUUGCUGUUCAUCCAACGAUACUUUCUAUAUAAACAGUUUACCAACUUUGUUACUUGAUCAAAAUAACACAAGCUGCCAGAUGGUAGUUUAGGAGUUAUAGGUAAGCUUCUUUUUCAUAUUGCUCCUUUGGAAUCAACAAACUGGAUAUCUGUUGAACACAAGUCACUGAGCCUGCCCUUUAAGCAGUCUUAUUAAGUGUCAUAAAUUUACUCAUGUUGAAGGACAAAUUCACUCAGUGCAUCCUGACAGCCACAAGAAGUGCUCCCCGCCCUGCGUUGUCUUGUGAUGGCAGAUGUAGCCGCAACAUUGUCUGAAACCUCCGUCCUGUUAACUAGCCUGCAACAAUCCUGUGAAUUCCAACUCUUGUCUCUGGAAGGCCACCGUUCAAGAGUUUGGCGUGAAGUUGCCGCAGUCUCAAAGAGUUGUGUUGGCGGUCCCAGUGCCUACCUGUCCAGACCUUUUGAUUUCUCAAGUAGAUAGCCAUGGAUGGAAUGAGCGAUGUGCAAUAAAAAGUGUAGAGCUGAGAGAGAUUUGCUGUAUUUCUUAAUUUAGAAUUAAUUAUACAAUUGUACAUCUAUAAAUAAAGGUUUAUAACAUGAAAA